AUAAAUGGGUAAAACCUUGUGGUUUGAUUGUUCAUGUCAAGGAUUAGUAAAGAUUUAAAAAGACAGUGAAUUUGUUUUUGGGGCCUGCACUGUAAUCCUUAAACAGAGUGUUCUAAUGUCAUCUAAUGAUUCUUUUUCUAAAUAUUCCUGACAAGAUUUAUAAAGCAGGAUGUGUUUAGGAAAAUCUUUUGUGUGUUUGGAUGUUUCAUGAAUCGUUCAUAGGCAAAAUUGUCAUGUGUUCACAUUAUAUGCUUGUCUUUAUGACUGAGGCCUCUGGAGGUGGCGGGGGGCAUCUCAAUGGACAGGAGCUGAGGAGUUGUCCUCCUGCACACAGAGCAGGAUUGUGUGGUUCACCCCCCUCACCGUAGCCUCAGAGCUGCAUAAGGCCUCCUGUGUGUGCUGUGCGCUCCUCCUCUGGCCAGAUUUCUCAAUCACACCCAAACCUUCUGUUUGCCAAGUCAUAUUUUUCACUGAUGCAAAUCCAUUGAAUUGAAACUUCCAGCUCCUUUUUCAAUGACCUUGAGACUCCAUUUGUCUUAAUCACUGUGCUUUUUUCAGCUGGCAGUGUGCAAAUAGUUGUUUUCCUUUGUGAAAGCAAAACUGCAUAAAAAUAUAGGAUUACAACAUCAUAUCACAUCCUCCUUCCAUCCGGCUGUUAGCCAGUGGGAGUGGCUCAUGUUGGCCUCUUUGCUCUUUACUCAAGUCUGAUGCAUGCUUUCUCAGUACCUACAGUGAAAGGAUACUGUAUCUGCUGAAACACAGCUGCUCAGAAAUACUGAAGGCAAACUCAGCAAUGACUCCGCUGUGAUGGUUUUAACUGGGACUAAACAAGGACACUCGUCCCUUUCCCCUGUCUCUGUAUCAUCGGAGGUGUCCAGUAUUUCCAUGUCGUCCACCUCAUCACGACUGAAGUAUGUUUCUCUGGGGGUGCUGGUACUGCAGACCACCUCCUUGGUGCUGACAAUGCGUUACUCACGUACUCUGCAGUCCGACGGGCCGCGCUACCUGGCGUCGUCUGCCGUAGUGUGCGCUGAAGUCCUAAAGAUUGCUGCAUGCAUGCUGCUUGUCUUCAGAGAACACAGUUUCAGUGUUCGUGCACUGAAUCGGGUGUUGAAGGAGGAAAUAAUCAACAAGCCUCUGCUAACGCUGAAGUUGGCCAUUCCCUCAGGUAUCUACACCCUGCAGAACAACCUGCUCUACGUGGCUCUGUCAAAUCUAGAUGCAGCUACCUACCAGGUUACGUAUCAGCUGAAAAUUCUCACUACAGCGCUGUUCUCCGUGUCCAUGUUGGGCAAAAGUCUUGGCAUUUACCAGUGGCUCUCACUAGUCAUUCUGAUGACUGGAAUUGCACUCGUCCAGUGGCCAACUGAAGGUACAUCCAGCACCAAGCAGGAGGACCUGACCGCCGGCUCUCAGUUGAUGGGUCUGCUGGCUGUGCUUGUGGCCUGCUUCUCCAGCGGAUUUGCUGGCGUGUAUUUUGAAAAGAUCCUCAAAGAGAGCAAGCAGAGCGUCUGGAUCCGUAAUAUUCAGCUAGGUUUAUUUGGACUGAUUUUUGGACUUGGGGGAGUGUUUGCGUACGACGGAGAAAGAGUGCAGGAGAAAGGACUCUUUCAAGGGUACAAUCAUGUGACGUGGACUGUGGUGGCUCUUCAGGCUUUGGGUGGGUUAGUCAUUGCAGCUGUCAUCAAAUAUGCAGAUAACAUCCUGAAGGGCUUUGCCACAUCCAUCUCAAUCAUUCUGUCCACCCUCAUCUCUUAUUUCUUGUUGGAAGAUUUUGACCCUACUAGGGUGUUUUUCCUGGGUGCGAUGCUGGUUAUCGCUGCUACGUUUCUCUACGGGUAUGAGAGCACGCCUGCGGUCAAUCCUAGUAAGGUAUAGAAGACUGGACAUGAGAUGAUAAUGAUCAUCAGGAGGUGCUCUACUUCAGAUGAUCAUCUUGAGGAGGAAUAUGGCUUCGACAGAGAUACAGAAGAUGUAACUGAGAAAUGAUAGAGGGAGAUGAUGUGAGGUAUUUAUCAUAUUACAGAGAAGGAACCCCAUGUGAUGAAUUCUACCUUGCUCCAAGCCUUAGACAUACUGCAUGCAUCUCAACUUCCAAUGAAACUUUCCUUUGAAAGUGAUUUAAGGCGAAGCAUCAGGCAUGAAUAAAUGCUCUGUUAGACUUAAGAGUUAGUCGUUAUUAUUUUCUGUUAUAUAUCCAGACUGGAUAUCACCUCUUCGUUUCCAACCAAUCCAAUUCAAUGCAUAAUAAAACAAUACAGUUCACUAAAUUAAAAGCAUGCAAGUAAUGAAUAAAACUAUCAAGUAAUUUAUAAGUAUUAAUUUAGCAGUGUCUCAUGAAAGCAUUAGCCGCACACUUUAUACUGUAUGCAUGUUAGUUUGUUGGUCCCUCCACAGAACAGUUUACUCCAGAGAAAGAUGAAAGUAUUGAUGAAAAUAUGUUUUUUAUAUAUAUUUGUUUUUCACUUUGAUUUCCUAGAGCCUACUUU